AUGGGUCUAGAACGCAAUUUCGCGGGCGACCACAAGGCGCACUUGGGAUAUUGGGGUCCUCCAACGUCCGUCGCCAACUUCUGUGAAGAAGACUACGCCAUCACUCUCUACAUCGGCGAGUUCGUCAACAGCUUCACGAAUCUUGCAUACGUGUACUGGGCAUUUCGGACUCUGCUACCCGGAGAGUCCCUUUUCACUCAACCUUCCAAUCUUGCCCUCUUCUUUGUCGGAGUUUUCUCUCUGGUUUUCCAUCUCACUCUGAAAUAUGAGACCCAGGUUUGUGACGACCUGUCCAUGUUCUGGGUCUGUGCCGCCCUCGUAUACGAGCUCUACACCCUCGGCUGGUCCAAGCCAGCAAAGUUGACAUUCGGUUCGAUCCUGACCGCCGUUCUCGGGGUCAUCAGUGCCUACCAUUUUGCGCUCCAUCAGUUGUGGUUGCACAACACCACGUUCAUCGCUCUGGUCACGGCGAUUUGGCCGAGGGUGUUAUAUCUAAUCCGAACGCGAUUCCAAGGCGAGAAAAAGCGGUAUUGGACCAAACAAUUUCGGGUGGGAGGUUUGUGCUUCCUCAUGGGAUUCGUCGUGUGGGUCAUCGAUGGAGCUUAUUGCGGUGCUCUUCGGGAGACCAGAAAAUCGCUGGGCAUUCCCCUUGCCUUUGCCCUGGAACUGCACGGAUGGUGGCAUAUCCUGACGGCCCUCGGAGCGGGUUACUGUAUUCGGGUGACCAAGGUCUUGACCCAAGAAAAUGUGUCUCCCCCACGCCUGGGCCCCAAGUAUGGAGGCUGCUUGAAAUACGACAAGGUGGAUGUCCGCGAGGCAGGCAAUCUAGACAGGGUUAUUGAGGAGAUUGCCGCCCACCAUAAUCGACUGGAUGGCUUGGUUGCGGCCGCUGGAGUGCAGAAUGUGACGCCCGCCUUGAACUACACGCCGGAGAAGAUCGAGGGGAUGAUGAAUAUCAACUACAAAAGGGUCUUCUGCUCAGCUGUCAGUUGCGCUCGGCAAAUGAUCAAAUACAACUGCAGUGGCUCUAUUCUACUCGUUGGCUCCAUCAGCGGGAUGGUCGCCAACAAAGGGUUCACUUCGUCGGUUUAUAAUUCUUCCAAGGGAGCCGUCAUACAACUUAGCCGGUCCCUGGCGAUGGAGUGGGGAAAGAUUGUGAAUGGGAAGCCCAUCCGAGUCAAUGCUCUAUGCGCUUUUCAUGCCUUCCCAGGUUACUUACCACCCUCUUCUGGGUUCACAGGGAAUAUCAUGACACCCAUGGUUCGGAAGAAUUUUGAGGACGAUCCUCAGUUGAGAGAGCUUUGGGAGAAAGAGAACAUGCUGGGACGGAUAUCUACGCCUGCGGAAUACAGAGGCGCCGCCUUAUUUUGCCUGAGCGAUGCUAGUUCUUUUAUGACUGGUUCGAAUCUCGUUAUUGAUGAAGGGUAUACAGCAUGGUGA